CCGGACCAAUCAGAGGCGGCGCUGAUUCUCGGCAGCGCUAUAAAUUCAACGGUGACUCCGAGAGAAGUAGGAAUGAACAACAAAAGACACCUUCAGCCUGAGCACACAUCUGAGGACUCUUUUCAGCUCCUGAUAUUUUUCUACACUUAACAGAAGGUCUCGGGGUUAAGAAGAUGGCCACCUCAGCAAGUUCAAAACUGAACAAAGCUGUUAAGCAGCAGUACAUGGAUCUCCCUCAGGGGGACAAGGUCCAAGCCAUGUACAUUUGGAUAGAUGGGUCUGGAGAGGGACUGCGCUGCAAGACCAGAACUUUGGAUUCUGAACCCAAGACGAUUGAGGAUCUUCCUGAGUGGAACUUUGACGGUUCCAGCACCUACCAGUCCGAAGGCUCCAACAGCGACAUGUUCCUGAUCCCUGCAGCCAUGUUCAGGGACCCGUUCAGAAAAGACCCCAACAAGCUGGUGCUCUGUGAGGUCCUCAAAUACAACCGCAAACCUGCAGAGACCAACCUGCGCCACACCUGUAAACAGAUCAUGAGCAUGGUGGAGAAUUCCCACCCGUGGUUCGGUAUGGAGCAGGAGUACACCAUCCUGGGCACAGACGGACACCCGUUUGGAUGGCCCUCCAACGGCUUCCCAGGUCCACAAGGGCCUUAUUACUGUGGAGUGGGAGCAGAUAAGGCGUAUGGACGAGACAUAGUGGAGGCGCAUUACAGAGCCUGUCUGUAUGCUGGGGUUCAGAUCUGUGGAACCAAUGCUGAAGUCAUGCCAGCUCAGUGGGAGUUCCAGGUCGGACCUUGUGAAGGUAUCAACAUGGGGGACCAUCUGUGGAUUGCUCGCUUCAUCCUGCACAGGGUCUGUGAGGACUUCGGUGUGGUGGUGUCCUUUGACCCCAAGCCUAUCUCAGGGAACUGGAAUGGUGCUGGCUGCCACACCAACUUCAGCACAAAGGAAAUGAGAGAGGACGGUGGACUGAAAGUCAUCGAAGAGGCGAUUGAAAGGCUGGCAAAGAGACAUCGGUAUCACAUCAGGGCCUAUGAUCCCAAAGGCGGGUUGGACAACGCCAGACGCCUCACCGGUCAUCACGAAACCUCAAACAUCGACGAGUUCUCCGCCGGCGUGGCCAAUCGUGGUGCCAGCAUCCGCAUCCCUCGCUCGGUAGGGCAGGAGAAGAAGGGCUACUUCGAGGACCGCCGGCCGUCCGCCAACUGCGACCCUUACAUUGUCUCAGAGGCUCUGGUGCGCACGUGUUUACUAAAGGAAGACGGAGACGAGACCAGAGAUUACAGCAAAUGAACAGUCUCAAACAAAGAGUCAUUGCUAGUACUGUAUUUAGCCUAUUUUCAAGUCUCUACAAAUUGAUCUUUGCCUUUUUAGAAAUUUUUUACUUGACAGAUGAAAUGAUGAGGUAGCCCUGCGGUCUCUGUGCAUUCAGUCAUGUGCAGGAACUUUUUUAUCUCGAACGUAAACACCUCCUUUCUGUCAGCAGUGCAUUCUGUCAUGGUGGACGGUGAUUUGUAUUGAAAUAUGCUAUCGUAACGUGUUUAACUUGUACUAAUGAAAAGUGUCUACAUGCUGCAGGGUUUCGCUGCAGACCCUGUUACUCUGACACAAAGGAUCCCAAAGGCAUUUGAAUGUUCAGCUGUGUUCAUGCUGUAGAUAGCUGAGGUCAUUAUGUAAGCCAAUCUACCUUUGCAUGCUUUUGUUAAUAAUGCAUGUCUGUUUUUACACUUAUUAAAAAUAUCUUUAAUAAACAGUCAACAUUUUUACAUCUGCCUUGUGUCUGCACUUUGGUCUCAGAUGUGUUGUGUUUUGCCUGGAGUUCCAUUCUGACAGAAACCGGUUUGUCACAUACA